GUCGCCGUCAUACCCACAAAGUCUAUCUCUCUCUCUCUCUCCUCCCACUAAACAACUAGAAAGCAAAACCCAAAUUCAUAUGCUGAUACUCCCGUAAUCAAUCCUCUCUCUCUCUCUCUGCACAUAUAUCGAUGUAUACAAACGCAUCUCCGGCAUCAAAGCACAGUCGAUGACAUGGCGGACGACGUCGUUCCGAAGACAUUCCGAGCCCUAUCCGAGAACGCGGACCGGAAGUUCGCCCGGGUCCGCGACGUACCGGCCUACGGCCGGCCCUGCCCGAACCACUACUUCCACAAGGUCUUCAAGUCCUACAUGCGCCUCUGGAAGUACCAGCAAGAAAACCGCCAGAAACUCGUCGAGUCGGGCUUCAGGCGGUGGGAGAUCGGCGAGAUCGCGUCCCGGAUCGGCCAGCUCUACUUCGGCCAGUACAUGCGCACCAGCGAGGCCAGGUUCCUCCUCGAGUCCUACAUUUUCUACGAGGCCAUCUUCAACCGGGGGUAUUUUCGUCAGGAGGAUGGGGAUGGUAGGGAUCGAGGGGUUAGGUUUAAGGAGCUGAGGUUCUACGCGAGGUUCUUGCUGGUUUCGCUGGUGUUGAAUCGGGCGGAGAUGGUGAAGGUUCUCGUCGAGAGGUUCUCGGCUCUGGUUGAGGAUAGUCUUGCCAAUUUGAAGGAAACCAGCUUCAAAGAAUGGAAGCUAGUGGUGCAAGAAAUUGUCCGGUUUAUGAAAGUUGAUACAGCAUUUGUCAACGUUAGGCCUUUGAGAUAUUGUGCCAUGUUUGAUUCCUAUCCAGCUUCUCUUCCGUAUGUUUCCCGUUUCCAUGCAAAGAAGGUUCUAAAGUUUCGAGACGCACUGCUGACAAGCUAUCACCGAAAUGAGGUCAAAUUUGCAGAACUUACUUUAGACACUUUCAGAAUGCUACAAUGUUUGGAAUGGGAACCAAGCGGAUCUUUCUAUCAAAAGCAUCCAGUUGAAUCACGUGAGAAUGGUGGUAAUAUUGAUCAUUCUGCUACUUCUGGGCUUAUUGACAUAAAUUUGGCUGCCGAUAUGACUGAUCCAAAUCUGCCUCCAAAUCCAAAGAAAGCUAUUCUUUAUCGUCCGUCAGUAACACAAUUGAUGGCUGUUAUUGCCACGAUUUGUGAGGAGCUUCCUCCGGAGAGUGUAAUACUAGUGUACCUUUCGGCCACAGGGAAGGCUAGACAUCCUAAUGUUUCACUGAUAGAAAGUUCUGGAGUUUUGAAGAAGUCUUCAAAGCUCAAAGUUGUUUCUCAUACUUCCCAUGGACAGAAUAACUCGCUGUACGAAAAUCAUGUUGACGAAAAGGGGAACUCGGGGCAAUGUCUUGAGGAUUCUUUGUAUUUAGGUCCUAGCAGAGAUGGAGGUUCAAAUUCUCUCUAUCCUGGUGAUUUGAUUCCUUUUACAAGAAGACCUCUUUUCUUAAUUAUUGAUAGCGACAUCAGCUAUGCAUUCAAGGUUUUGCAUGGUUCAGAAAGGGGGGAACCGGCUGCCCUUCUUCUUUCCCCUUUAAAGCCAUCAUUCAAGAGAGCUGAUGUAACACAAAGCGGAAGUCAGUUCACUUUGUUCUUAACUGCUCCUUUACAAGCAUUCUGCGAAUUGGUUGGCCUCACCUAUUCAGACAGCGAUGCUGAAUCUUACAAUGAUGCUGACAACAUCCUCUCAACUUCAUUCUCUGAGUGGGAAGUGAUACUCUGUACUUCAACUACUUUGGACUUGGUUUGGGCUCAAGUUUUAUCGGAUCCAUUUCUGCGGCGGCUUAUUCUUAGAUUUAUUUUCUGCCGAUCAGUUCUUACUCAUUUCUGCCCCCGGGAGUAUAGGGAUCAAUAUUUACCUGUUUGCCUUCCCCAACUUCUUGAUUCUCUCUCUCCAAACUCUGAAGUUGUGCAAUCAGCGGUCUUUCGCCUUGCAAACCAUCUGGAUGUUGCGGACUGUUUCCACUUGAACGACAGAUAGUUAGCACCAUAAAUGAUCAAAGCUAGUGUGUAUAUUGAGAUUGCUGCUUUUUAGCACCAAAGGAUUUGCAAUAGAAUAGUGCAAAUAUCGCAAUACUUCAGCAGGUGGUGUUUACCUCUCUUCAGAGAAUUUUUUGCUAGCAAUACGGGUUUUUACUUUUCCAAGGUGGGUUUCUUUUGCUUGUUUUCGAGCGUAUUCGAAACCCCAUUCGCCGUUCGGUUCGCGUGCAGUAUCCAUAAAAUUGUUCUCGUGGUUAGGUCAUUUUGGAUGCUGGGUUUGUUGGUUCCAAGUGGCCUUGUGGGUGCAUCCUUCACUGGGCUUACUGAUGUACUAGCUGUUAGAAUAUUUACAGAAUUUGUGCUAAUUUGUCCAUAAAUUUGUAAAAAAGAGAACCUGGUUACUGAAUGAGGGAUUUCUUUUUUCUUUUCUUUUCUUUUCUCUCUCUUAGCUGCAUUCUUACAAAUAUUCUUUAGUGUAUUGCACAAGUGUCGAGAAAAAAACUCAUGAAUGGUUAUUAGAUGGAAUGAACUCUGAUGUUUCUUAA